AUGUGUGGAUCCGGUUUUGCCUUCACACCACAAUGCGAAAUUUUUGCCAACCGAAACAACUAUGAACUAGCUAAUCGAGACCUCCAAAGUAUUUGAUUCCUACGAAAGUAUUUCUUUAAGCGACAGCUCCAUCUGGAUCGGGCUCCUCUUACUCGCCUUUGUGUCGUCCUUGUCAUCAAACUCACUUGCCGGAAGGAGGGGCAGCAAAAUUCAAGAAGCGGGGCACCACCAACAGACGCAGCAUAGUCGCGAUGGAGGAAGACAGGGCACAAACAGACCUUGGCGUCGCUGCCGAAAUAGAGGAGGCUCAAGCACCUACUGAGCCGGUGCAGAAGCAGCCAAAGAAGAGAUUUGUCGGGCGACGAAAAGCGGGCGAGGCGGCAAACAAUGGCGCAGGCGGCCCGUCAGUUGAAGAUAGCGGGGCUAUUCAAGUCGCACAACCAAGAAGGGCUCCUAGGCUACUCAACCAAGUGCCGCCGGAAAUCCUCAAUGACCCAGCAUUGAACGAGGCCAUGAGCCUCCUUCCCGCGAACUAUUCUUUUGAGAUUCCCAAGACUAUCCAUCGCAUCCGCUCGGCAGGCUCUAAGAAGGUGGCCUUGCAAAUGCCCGAGGGUCUUCUCAUGUUUGCGACCACCAUCUCGGACAUUCUGACAGAGUUUUGUCCCGGCAUCGAGACGCUGAUCAUGGGCGAUGUCACGUAUGGCGCUUGCUGUAUUGACGAUUACACGGCGCGGGCGCUGGGAUGCGACUUGCUGGUCCACUACGCCCACAGCUGUCUGAUCCCCGUUGACGUGACCAAGAUCAAGACGCUCUACGUUUUUGUGGAUAUCAGUAUCGAUACCUCACACUUACUCGCGACGCUGGAGCGCAACUUCGCCGCACCCAAGACGAUCGCGAUCGUGGGCACCAUUCAGUUCAACGCCACGAUCCAUGGCGUGCGAUCCACGCUCGAAAGAGCCGGCUUCAAAGUGCUUAUUCCGCAGAUCUCACCGCUGUCGAAGGGCGAGAUCCUCGGAUGCACAUCGCCGCGCCUACCGGAUACUGAUCAGGUCGACUUGAUCCUGUACCUCGGUGAUGGGCGUUUCCACCUUGAGAGUAUCAUGAUUCACAACCCUGCGAUACCGGCCUAUCGCUAUGAUCCCUACUCGCGGAAGUUGACCCGAGAGACGUAUGGACACGAAGAGAUGCAGGGCUUGAGGAGGCAGGCCAUCAAGACGGCCAAAGGUGCAAAGAAGUGGGGUCUCAUCCUGGGCUCGCUGGGACGCCAGGGCAAUCCGCAUACUAUGGCCAUGAUCGAAAACAAACUGGCGGCGAUGGGCAUACCGUGGGUGAACUUGUUGCUUAGCGAGAUCUUCCCUGGCAAGUUGGCACUGAUGAGCGAUGUGGAAUGCUGGGUACAGGUUGCGUGCCCGCGGCUGAGUAUCGAUUGGGGUUAUGCUUUCCAAAGGCCGCUACUCACGCCGUACGAGGCUCUUAUCGCGCUCAAUGAGAGAGAGGACUGGGGUAAGGAAGGAGUAUAUCCUAUGGACUACUAUGCUCGGGAGGGCUUGGGCAGAACGAAACCACUUGCGGUAACAAGCUGAUCAGAUGGUUAUUGAGAAUGAAAAUCAUACGCCACCCAUGGUUGCGCCAUAUGAUUAGUACUGUCAUCUUCAAUCACAUACGCACUCUGCAGUGUCGCUACAUAGGACUGAGACACGAUAUGGGCGUGGUUGUGAUAAAAAAUGCGCAGAACGUGUUUGUGAAUCAAAGCAGAAUACUUCAAACAAAGCUGUAGUGUCUCAUCCGA